AAACAACUUUACAUUAAGGAUGGCAGAACAUGCUGCGCAGGAAGCUUGUGGAGUCCCACUCUCUGGAGACAUUGAGAACCUCCCUGGAUCCAUGUCUUUGUCACCUGCUCCAGGUGACCCUGCCUUGUCAGGGGGUUGUACUACAUGAUCUUCAGAGGUCCCUUCCAACCCCAACAUUCUGUGAUUCUCUGAAAUCACUGUAGACAGCUCCAGUCAUUGUACAUCUGUGCUGGUGUACCAGGGCCUGUUGUGUUAUAGUGAUAUUUGAGAUGUUCCUCUCUCAAUAUCUGUUUUUGAGAUGAAUUCUGUUAUUUAAACCACACAUCAACCAUCCUCCUUUGCUGAAAGUUUUGCCACUGCAGAAUAAACUUUGUAACUUGCAGGUAUUAGGCCGCAGCUGUAUUUAAUACUGAUUUUUGAAUUUUCAGCAAUUUCUUUAGAGUCAUAGAAUCAUCAAAGUUGUAAGAGACCUUGAGUCUCCAGUCCCACUGUCCACCCAGCACUGCUACUGUAACAUCUCACCAGCAGCAGCACAUCCAGGAGUCUCUUGCACACCUCCAGGGAUGGUAACUCCACCAUCUCCCUGUGUAACUUAUUCCAAUGCUUGACUACCCUAACAAUGUAUUUUUCCCCCCUAACAUCUAAUUUAUAUCUCCUCUGUCUCCGUUUAAGGCUCUUUCCUCUGGUCCUCUCCCUGCAGGCACAGCAGAAGAAAUCAGUCCCCACUUCACUAGAAUCUCCUUGCAGCCUGAGAAGGAGCAAAGCACUGACUAAAGCUAACAGACAAAAGAAGCAGAGCUGAAGAAAGAUUAUCUCUGCUUGCAGACAAAUCAUAUGGUUGAAGUUGUGCACAUAAGGAUGUGAGUUCUUAUUAACUUUUUCCUGGGCUGUGCACAUGCCUGUAGCUCCAGAAGAGGGCACAAUGAAGUGUGAUGGAUCAGACAGCAUUUGGCCAGCUUCAGAUCAUAAAAAAGUUUACAAUGGCAAUGCUCUGGAAAUUCAUGAGAGUAGCUAAGUAUUCUAAAACAGCUUUAUCAUCAAAAGUAAAAGUAAGAGGAAUUCCCAGCCAUUCAAGGCAUUCUUCAUCCAAGUCUGUACCUUCAGAUUUUGCUGCCAGUGCACCCUGCUCAAAUACUGUGGAACUGCUUGGUAAAUCUUAUCCUCAGGAUGACUACAGCAAUGUCACAGAGAAGAUUCUUGCCAAGGUGGGGAAGAACUUGCACAACAGAAAACAUCACCCUUUGUGGCUAAUCAAGGAGCAGGUGAAGGAGCACUUCUACAAGCAUUACCUAGGACGCCGUGGGACUCCGCUCUUUUCUGUGUAUGACGGUCUUUCUCCGGUGGUUACAGUCCAGCAGAACUUUGAUAGUUUACUUAUUCCACAAAACCAUGCCAGCAGAAGGAAAGAGGAUAACUAUUACUUGAAUCGUGACCACAUGCUAAGAGCACAUACAUCAGCCCAUCAGUGGGACUUGAUACACUCUGGCCUGGACGCCUUCCUGGCAGUGGGAGAUGUGUACCGCCGAGACACGAUUGAUAACACCCACUACCCCGUCUUCCAUCAGAUGGAGGGAGUGCGCCUCUUCUCCUGCCAUGAGUUGUUCUCCAGCAUUAAAGAUGGUGAAGGUUUACAGCUGUUUGAGCAAGGCCAUCGCACUGCGCACAAGCAGGAGUGUCACACCAUGGAGGCAGUGAGGCUGGUGGAGUUCAACCUGAAGCAAGUGCUCACGAAGCUCAUGACUCACAUCUUUGGUGAUGGACUGCAAGUCAGAUGGGUAGAUUGCUACUUCCCAUUUACUCACCCUUCCUUUGAGAUGGAGAUCAACUUCCAAGGAGAAUGGAUGGAGGUCCUGGGCUGCGGGGUCAUGGAGCAGCAGCUUGUUAACUCAGCUGGUGCUCAGGAUAAAAUUGGCUGGGCAUUUGGCUUGGGUUUGGAGAGGCUGGCCAUGAUCCUGUAUGAUAUCCCUGACAUCCGACUGUUCUGGAGUGAAGAUGAACGCUUCUUGAAACAAUUUAUUGGGCCUCACAUUUGGCAAAAAAUAAAGUUCCAGCCGCUCAGCCGAUAUCCGCCUUUGAUCAAUGACAUCUCCUUCUGGCUGCCUUCUGAGACCUACUCUCAGAAUGAUUUCUAUGAUUUGGUUCGAACCAUUGGUGGAGACUUGAUAGAAAAGGUUGUCCUACUGGAUGAAUUUUCCCAUCCAAAGACGAAGAAGGUCAGCCACUGCUACCGUAUCGUUUACCGGCACCCGGAGAGGACGCUAACGCAGGACGAGGUGCAUCGCAUCCAUCAGGCUAUUGAGGAGUCAGCAGUUCGGGAGCUUGGGGUGGAGGGCAGGUUCUAGCAGUGCUGCUCUGGAGCCCCAAGGACAGUUGCUUUUUUCUUUCCUUUUUUUUCUUUCUUUUUAUUUUAUUUUUUCUUCUUUUUUGGGGGUGGUUUUAGGUCACAAGUAGAGAUGGGUUUUGUGACUGAACACAGAAAGCAAUUGAUGAAUGGGCAAUGGUAAAACUGGCAGGUAAUAAACAUUACUACUGAGAAAUCA